CCAAGAACAAAGCUACAUUAAGCGUGUAACAAAUCAGAUACCAAUAAAAUCCCUCUGAAUUUGAGACCCUUUUUGCUGUUUCUUGAUUUAAUCUAUUUCUAGAUCCACAUCUACCUUCACAUUCAUUCAGGUCACAUAAAGCUAUCUUUUUUCCAUCAUCCAAAUUGCAUGGGGGUAGCUUGUUCAUGUCCACUUAGUUUCUUCUUUGAUUUGGAGAAUGGAUAUGAGUCAAUGGUUGCAAAUUCAUUCAAACUAGAAUGUGAUGAGAGGAACGCACCGGUUCGGUCUUCGAGCUUUAAGGGGAAGCUUACCGAGCCUGCAAGACUGCAGUCAUUAGGCUCAGGGAAGCUCUUGAGAGAAGGAUCUCUUAGGUUUAGAGCCAAGAAAGCUCAAAUCAUUGAGGCUCAAGCUGCAGAUAGUCUAGAAUCGGUUGGUUUCUUGUCUAGAUCGGGUAGCUUGGUGAGGAAUACCACUCCACAUUCCCCGAUCUUGGACCCAAGCAGCCCCAAACACGAGGCUGCUAUAAAGUUGCAGAAGGUUUACAAGAGCUUCCGCACGAGGCGAAAGCUUGCUGAUUGUGCUGUCCUGAUUGAGCAGAGCUGGUGGAAGGUGUUGGAUUUUGCAGAGCUCAAGAGGAGCUCCAUUUCCUUUUUCGAUAUUGAGAAGCACGAGACAGCAAUCUCUCGUUGGUCAAGAGCAAGAACAAGGGCUGCCAAGGUGGGAAAAGGCUUAUCACAGAACAGUAAAGCUCAGAAACUUGCGUUGCAACACUGGCUUGAAGCUAUUGAUCCACGACACCGUUAUGGCCACAAUCUGCAUUUCUAUUACACGAAAUGGUUGAAUUCUCAAAGCAAAGAGCCCUUCUUCUACUGGCUAGAUAUUGGAGAGGGGAAGGAAGUUAAUAUUACGGAGAAGUGCCCUCGCUCUAAGCUUCAACAACAGUGCAUCAAGUACCUUGGACCGAGGGAGAGAGAGGAUUAUGAAGUUUCAGUGGAGGAUGGGAAGCUCCUCUACAAUAAAACCGGAGAGCUUAUCGACACCAUUGACGAACCAAAGGGUUGCAAGUGGAUCUUUGUCCUUAGCACAUCCAGGACCUUAUACGUGGGGAAGAAAAAGAAAGGCUCAUUUCAGCACUCUAGCUUCUUGGCCGGAGGAGCCACGCUGGCUGCUGGGAGGAUAGUAGCUGAUAAGGGCGUCUUAAAGGCGGUCUGGCCUCACAGUGGACAUUACCGGCCUACAGCCGAAAAUUUUCAAAAUUUGUUGUCAUUUCUCACGGAUAACGAUGUGGAUCUCGAUAAAGUUGAGUUUGAUUCUGUGGAUGAUGAAGAUCAAGAUAGAGUAGGGAAGCAUACGAGAAACAUCUCCUCCGGAGACGACUUGACUGAACGAGAGCAACUGGAUAUGGAAGAACACAUUGUGGAGCACUCCAGCUUUCUGAAGGUUAGCGCGGGAGUGGGAGAAGAAGGCGUUAAAUUGACUAAGUUGGACGCACGAAAUAGCUCCAGAAACCUUACUCUCGAGAUACCAAGUAGAGACGAAAGGCUAAAGGUUGAAGUAAAAAGCUUCAUCCUAGCUGAAGAGGAGAUGAACAUCUGCGAGGAAGAAGAUGAGACGAUCCCGGAGGAAUCCAUUCUGAAACGAAUCAACUCGCACAAGGGAAUGAAGUCAUACCAAUUGGGAAAGCAACUGUCUUGCAAGUGGAGCACGGGAGCUGGACCUCGGAUUGGGUGCCUUAGAGACUAUCCGGCGGGGCUCCAGACUCACGCGUUGGAGCAACUGAAUCUAUCUCCAAGAAGCAGACGCCGCCUCAGAUUUGACUUCCCUUCUCGCACAACGACACCAACCGGGAGCAAUCUUUCUCGGGCCGGCCUCGGAUGCAGUUCUAGCCUCUAAAGCCACUUUUUUGAGCACUAGUUCGAUUCUUUUAUUCUUUUUCUGUGAAUACAAAGGAAAGAAAUAGGUGGUAUAAUAUUCAAUUAUUCAUUCAUAAUGUUGCAUACAGGAACGUAAUUAUUUUCUUCUUUACAUCCCAAGAAAUGGGGUGAAUAAAUCAUACUAUGAAAAGAUCCAAUUUUUAUUCCCUUUUCUA